UUCAUUAUCAUCUUUUCCAGAGGCAUUUACAUCCUUUUAGAAAAAAAAAUAUUGAUUAAGCGAGUAAUCGAGAUGUAUACAUAUUAUUGGUAGAGGAGAAGCAUGAUUUUAUAGCAAACGUGUUUUUCGAACUAAAAUAAGAGCAUGGAUAAUUCAUCAAGAGUAUUAAUGUUUCUUUUCUUUUUUGGCGAUAUGGCUAUAAAAGAUCACGUUCACGGUAUCAGAGUACCCUGGACGAGUACCUGGCAAACCUUCACUCAAAACCAACCCAGCCCGACCUUCAUCCCCCACCCCCUCAACGAGUACCCUGCCAAAGUGGACGUGCAGAUCCGCGUGAAUGAAGGUUCACAAGAACAUAUAUUUUCUGGGAUUGGUUCUUGUCAACGAGAUGAUGAUGAUCCUAAUCCUUACGGAGGCAUAGUUUACAUUUAUAACCACAAGGAAGUUAAACUCUAUACACCAACCAUUUCUGAUUCUACUGCAGUCAAUUCUGAAGGCGGUUUUGCAUUUACUGGCGGAUGGUCAUUUAAUGGGCCAUUUGUCGGACACUACACAACAGCUGACGUUAGAGUGAGGGUAUGGAGAAUGUGUGAUUUCCCACCAGCAAACUUUACGUCUGCUAAUGCAUACACUGUGUCAACUUCAGGAACUUCGAUUACUGAUAUCCCACAUAACAUGGGAUAUUAUCCAGAUCUUGUAAUUGUACAGUUAAAAUUGCCAAACAGCUAUAUUUCUGAGGCUCAAGGUGCGGUUUUCAUAGAAAAUUACAACGACAUUUAUAAUAAGAUUUGUGGGGUUAUUAUGGCUUUUGAUAGAAACAACGUUCGACUGUGGUCCCCGAAAUAUAUAGAUGGGUCUGAUAAAUUUGGAGUUUUCUGCGUCUCGGACGGAUGGGCCUCAGCAGCAAGUGACGAAUUUGUAUUUACUUAUGCGUCUAUUUACGUACAAGCAUGGAUAUUUGAUUCCUCUGAGAUUGUGUUUACUCAGACUGACACAAGAGGUUCAGGAAUAAAUGUUUCUCCGACAAUAACCAUGCCAAAACCGUUCGAUAUCGAUACUCAUUUGUUUCUUGUUCGGUCACAAGCUGUGGACGGAGCCAAUGCUAACUAUGUGUUUGAGGGGGCUGGCUCAGCAUUGAGCGAUGGAUCGGCUUUCUUCAAGAAAAUAGGUGCUGUGGUGUAUUCGUACAAUCCUAGAGAAGUAAACAUAUGGUACCCUGGGUCUGAAGAUUAUCUUCUAUUUGUUGGUGGAAUUUGGGGGUAUGGAAGUCCUACCCAAGCAUCUGCAACAGCGAGUGUAUCUGUGAAGGUUAUUAAAACGAAAGCGACUGGGUCAGGUUUUGGGUGCUCUUUGUGUACUUCAGACUGGAACACACUUACCACCAACUGUUCAACUUCACAACCAAAUGACAUCCAAAAUGCACAUAAGUGUAUGCUUCAUAACAUCACCAUUUAUACGUGCAUGUCUGGUUACCAAUCAAACGGCGCGAAAGGUGUCGUAGCUUACAAUGGUUCUUACUGGGAGGAAACUGAUUACAACUGCACUGUGCCAACUUCUAGCAUUGAAAACUACAGCACAAUGGGAUACAGCAUCUCGUUCCUUGAAGAAAUGGUGCAUUCCCUGAAAAAGAACCUAACAUUUGAAAUGAAAAACACCAGUGCAUAUCGUCGAUCUUUGACAUGCGCAACGGACCCUCGUCCAAGCGCUGCCUAUGUUGGUGUUGUAGGAAUACUUAUUAUCAUUUUAACUGCAGUGUUGUUUUUAUGCGCUGAUCUUUCUAGGUUUGUAAAAUAAUCAAAAAGGUUUUUUAUAUGACACGUACAGUGUAAAUCGACGCAUUAUUAAUAAAAUGUAUCACUUAAA